UUCACUCCCCUUACUUAUAUUCCCCGGAUAGAAAAAAAAAUAUUUUCUAUUUCAAACUUCUUCAAUAUUUGGAACGAAAAGAUACGACAAAGUUGCGGUUGGUGAAAUUUAAGCACAUUAAUUAAGAGCUGUUGUCGAAAUACGUAUCUUCCUAGAUACAACCUUAAGAGUAGCAUCAUUUGAAUUGGAUGAGAAAACCUGUGUUCCACCUAUGAUAUGUUGGAAUGGUGCAGAUCCGUAUGAGAAAACUUUUCUUUCUAUAUAUAGCCAUAUCAACAGUUGCAUUCAUUUGGUUUUAUUCAAGCUGCGGUUUCCCAGAGUGUAAAGAGAAAGAAAUAGAUCAUCUAAUAAAGAAAUACAAAGCAAGAAACAAAGAACUUGAUAAAAAGAUAAGUGAUCUUUCUCAACAGCUGCAAGGAUGUCAAAAGAAUGUAAUGUCAUCAGGGAGAACAGAAUUUUCUCAUUCACCAACAAUUUAUAUGGUGACACCAACCCACACCCAUCCAGAACAAAAGGCAAAUUUAGUAAGAUUGUCACACACAUUGCUUCAUGUCAAAAAUAUUCACUGGAUUGUGGUAGAAGACUCUGUCAGCAAGACAGUCUUAGUUAGCAAGUUUCUUCAAAGUUCUGGUGUAAAAAAUACACAUCUUGCAGCUUUGACGCCUCAUGAAAUUAAAAUGAAGUAUAAUGAUCCAACAUGGCUGAAACCUAAAGGUGUCCUGCAGAGGAAUGCUGCUAUUCAGUGGAUCCGUGAGAAUGUAAAGCCAAAUAGAGAUAAGGGUGUGGUUUAUUUUGCAGAUGAUGAUAAUACAUAUAGUUUAGAAAUAUUUCAAGAGAUGAGAAGUACCAAGAAAGUUACAGUAUGGCCUGUGGGUUUGGUAGGAGGACUUAGAUACGAAAAGCCAGUAGUCAAGGAUGGAAAGGUGACUGGAUGGUUUACUUAUUGGAAGCCUAAUAGGCCUUUCCCAAUGGAUAUGGCAGGAUUUGCUGUUAAUGUUAAUCUGUUCUUCAAGUUUCCUGAAGCAAGAUUCAGUAAUGAGGUACCAAGAGGGUUUCUUGAGUCAACAAUUCUUGAACAGUUGAAUGUUAAGAUGGAAGACUUAGAGCCAAGGGCAGUUAAUUGUUCUAAGGUACUAGUAUGGCACACCAGAACUGAGAAAACUAAAUUGAAAAAUGAACAAUUAAUGAUAAAACAACAUGGUCAAGGCUCUGAUACUAACAUAGAAGUUUGAUUUACACAGAUCUAAAACAUGGUCAAGGCUCUGAACUUAUGAUUAACAUAGAUCCAUAACAUGGUCAAGGCUCUAAACUUAUGAUUAACAUAGAUCUAAAACAUGUUCAAGGCUCUAAACUUACGAUUAACAUAGAUCUAAAACAUGGUCAAGGCUCUGAACUUAUGAUUAACAUAGUUCUAAAACAUGGUCAAGGCUCUGAACUUAUGAUUAACAUAGAUCUCUCUGAACUUAUGAUUAACAUAGAUCUAAAACAUGGUUAAGGCUCUGAACUUAUGAUUAACAUAGAUCUAAAACAUGGUCAAGGCUCUGAACUUAUGAUUAACAUAGAUCUAAAACAUGGUCAAGGCUCUGAACUUAUGAUUAACAUAGAUCUAAAACAUGGUCAAGGCUCUGGACUUAUGAUUAACAUAGAUAUUUAAUUAAUAAAGACCUGUUGGUAUGGGUCACUGAAAAAACGGAGAUAACUCGGAAGGAGGUGUCUGUAUAAAUCAAAGAACAGUAGUGAAAUAUGGUACACUAAACUUACUUGUGGAGAGCAAAGAACAGAAGAUGUUUUAAAAAAAUACUUGUUAAGAUCAUAAUAUAAAGAUAAAUAUAUUUCUGCAAGUAAUAAUCUACAGUAACAUCAUGUAUGAUGAAUAGAUUUUGUCUUUCUUUUUUAUUUCUAUCAAAAUGUUAAAUAAGUUGGACUGUUAAAUUGAAAUGAUAUUUCUGGGACAGGAAAAAUGUGGAAAUUUCAAUACAAACAUUUUAACAAAAAGUAGGAUCUAAAAUGUUUUCUAUUCAUAGAUAGAGAAGCUUAGUAUCGUUGAAUUUCUCUCUAAGCAAGAAUGAUGAAUUGUUUUCAAUAAAAAAAAAUGUUAUGUAAUUUUUUGUCUUGCUUGACGGAGUCCAAAAGCAAGACAUAGGUAUACUGUUUUUUGGCAUCGGCGGUGUCAACAAGGUAUUAGUUUGAGAUUAGGUCUAGUUUAUGGUGAACCAUUUGUGGUAAGUCAAAGAUAUUUGGUAUGUAGUUGUAUUAGUAUUUGCACAUCUCAUUACCAUGGAGAUUAUUUGGCCCACCCCUUCAGUUAUGGUCUAUUGUCUUUGAAAUUUUGCUUUUUUUUCAUGUAUUAGUUUGUGAUAAGGUCAGUUUAUGAGAAACCACUAGUGGUAAGUUAAUGAUAAUUGUUAUGCAGUUGUAUAAGCAUUAGCACAUCUCAUUUCCAUGGAGAUUAUUUUACCUCAUCCCCUCAUUUAUGGUUUAUUGACUUUGACAUUUUGCUUAGUUGACAUGUAUUAGUUUGUGUUUAGGUUUGUUUAAAGGAAUCUUCUUAUGAUAAGUCAAUGGUAUUUGGUAUGCAGCUGUAUUAGCAUUGGCAAAUCUCAUUUCCAUGGAGAUUGUUUAGCCAUGUUCCUUCAGUCAUGGUUCAUUGACUUUGGAUAUUUGCAAAACUGACAUGUUUUUGCAUUAUCGAAAUUACAAAAAAGCGAGACAUAUCUCUGUGAUAGCAGUUAUUAUUAUUAAUAGAAUUUGUAUAUGUCACUACUUUUGAUAUAAAUGUUUUGCAUCAAAUUUAUACUGAAGAUUAAUGUAUACACAUGAAUUAAAGGUAAUGUUGUGUAAUUGUCAACGAUUAUUUCUUAUUCUGAUUGUUGAAAAAUGAAAAUAUGAAAACAUAAGGUUCAAGGUGUUUUUUUCCAACACCUAUGGUGUUGCCUUUUUAGCAGUAAUAAAACCAUUGUAACAAAUUCUGAAUUAUAAACCAUAUACACUAAUGUAAGCAACAGUUUUAUAUUUUUUAAAAGUUAUGAAUGCUGAACAGUUGAAAACAAAGAAAAUAUUAAGAUGAUUUCAAGUUUUGAGGGAUGAAUUUCAUUUUUUUUUCAUUUUCAUAUCUGGUAAAAAAAUCCUUAAUAUUUCUAUAUUCCAUAAAAGUGGAUCUACAUGUUUAAAAGGGAUAUUGUAGGAAAAAAUAUUUAUUGCAUGCCACCAUAUGUUCUGUUUUAGUUUAUUCUAUAUACUGUUGAUUGUUAACCAAUGAUAUCAUGUGUCUAUCUGUGUAUGAAAAUGUAGUAUUUUAAACAAUACUAAUAAAACUUUCGUUUUUA